AUGCUCCAGCUCAAGGUGCCCCAUCUUUUGCAACACAACCUGCCGCAAGAAUUUCUGACCCAGGAUAUCGUUCUGCGGCUGCUUCCCACUCAGAAACGGCAUAUACCCGUGGUCCGGGGAGUGCUGCUCUACAACACCACGUUCAAGACGCUGCAAUUACUGGUUACCUCGUUUUUCCUGAACCCUGAAGCAAAAUUGCACAUUACACAUAUGAACAUCAAGGAGGCGAGACAGUCGCUGUCCCACACAGACCUCGUCAAUCUCUCGAUCAACAACAACCUGCUGGAUUUCGAACAGUCUCCCGAGCUGUCCCCCUACACCACGAAAAUCACCAUCAAAUGGCGCACCUGUCUCAACGGGUGUCUCCAUCUGCACGAUAACAAGACCGCCGACGCCAGGCUCGGCGCGUACAACCUGGACACCAACAGCCUGCUGCACCUGAAGCUGCCCCUCCAAAAUCUAACCAAGCUCAACGACAACUCCAUCGAACGGGUGCUUACAGGCAUCUUCGUGUUCGAGUUAAACGACAAAAAUGACAAGAUCGCUGUACAUACCAUCGACGACUGUGAAAUCAUCGAAAACGAACAGCCGUCGCCAGGCACAAACAACAUCGGGUUUGCCCCGGGAGCAUAG